AUGCUGAUUAAAUUUGAAACCAAGUCGGCCAGGGUCAAAGGUAUAUCCUUUCACCCCAUGAGGCCAUGGGUCUUGGCAAGCUUGCAUAGCGGAUUAAUCCAAUUAUGGGAUUACAGAAUGUGCACUUUAAUUGACAAAUAUGAUGAACAUGAUGGCCCUGUACGUGGUGUCGACUUUCACUCUCAACAACCUUUAUUUGUAUCAGGCGGGGACGAUUAUAAAAUUAAGGUGUGGAAUUACAAGUCCAAAAAGUGCCUUUUUACUCUCCUUGGACAUUUGGACUACAUCAGAACAACAUUCUUUCAUAACGAAUACCCUUGGAUAGUUAGUUCAUCUGAUGAUCAAACGAUCAGGAUAUGGAAUUGGCAAUCGCGGUCUUGUGUUUCCGUGUUGACUGGACACAAUCAUUAUGUCAUGUGCGCAAAUUUUCACCCAACCGAAGAUUUAAUUGUCUCUGCAUCGUUAGAUCAAACUGUCCGCGUAUGGGACAUUACAGGAUUAAGGAAAAAAACUGUUGCUCCUGGUGCUGGUGGCUUUGAUGAUCGAAACAGAGGCCCUGGCUCAACGGACUUGUUUGGUGUACAGGAUGCUGUUGUAAAACAUGUGCUAGAGGGUCAUGAUAGAGGAGUGAAUUGGGCUAAUUUCCAUCAUAGUAUGCCCUUGAUUGUAUCUGGAGCUGAUGAUCGCCAAGUGAAGAUAUGGAGAAUGAAUGACAGUAAAGCUUGGGAAGUAGAUACCUGUCGAGGCCAUUAUAAUAAUGUUUCUUGUGUACUUUUCCACCCUAGACAAGAUCUUAUCAUUAGUAAUUCUGAAGAUAAAAGUAUACGUGUAUGGGAUAUGUCAAAGAGAAUUGGUAUCCAAACUUUCCGCCGGGAGACUGAUAGAUUCUGGGUUGUAACAUCUCACCCUUCUCUCAAUUUGUUUGCGGCUGGUCAUGACGGUGGAUUGAUAGUCUUUAAGCUAGAAAGAGAGAGACCCCCUUAUGUUGUUCAUGGAAAUAUGCUGUAUUACGUAAAGGAUCGCUAUUUACGUACAUAUGAAUUUGGUAGUAAGAAAGAUGUUCCAAUCAUGCAAAUGAAAAACCAGAAUAGAUCAUAUAUUAGUAAUCUUCAUUAUAAUCAGGCUGAAAAUGCAAUAAUCGCCUGCACGACGUUACCUAAUCAAGAAAGCUGUUAUUACGAUCUUUACACUUUACCGAAAUCGGUUGAAAACAGCAGUAAUCCAGAAGUCGGAAACAGUCGAUCAUCGAAUGGAUUGUCAGCAGUAUGGUUAGCAAGAAAUAGAUUCGCUGUUCUAGACAAGACACAUACGAUCCUUAUAAAGAAUUUAAAGAACGAAAUUUCUAAGAAAAUUUCUCCACCAGCCUGUGACAUGAUCUUCUUUGCGGGAACAGGCAAUUUAUUGCUUCGUGAUGGUGAUAACGUUUCGUUAUACGAUGUUCAACAAAAACGAGUUAUGAAUAAAGUCAGAGUUCCGAAAUUCAAGUAUGCAUGUUGGUCACCAGAUACAACACAUGUUGCUCUGCUUGGAAAACAUGUUAUCAAUAUCUGCAAUCGCAAAUUGGAAUCCAUAUGUACUGUUCAUGAAAAUAUUCGAGUCAAAAGUGGCGCUUGGGAUGAUAAUGUCUUUAUUUACUCAACAAACAAUCACAUCAAGUAUUGUCUCCGAAAUGGAGACUCUGGCAUCAUUCGUACCAUUGAUUUGCCUCUGUAUAUCACUCUAGUUCGUGGAUCUAACGUAUAUUGUUUGGAUCGAUCUUGCAAGAUCAAGAUUCUACCAAUCAAUAACACUGAGUACAAAUUCAAACUAGCUUUAGUUACUCGCAGUUAUGACCAGGUUCUAUACAUGGUUCGAAAUUCUAACCUUAUUGGUCAGUCCAUAAUUUCUUACUUGCAGAAGAAAGGUUAUCCCGAGGUUGCUCUACAUUUCGUGAAAGAUGAUCGUACUCGAUUUGGCCUUGCUUUGGAAUGCGGAAAUAUUGAGAUUGCCCUCGAUGCUGCACGUAACUUAAAUGAUAAUUUAUGUUGGGAAAAAUUGAGUGCUGUUGCCCUGCAACAAGGAAAUCAUCAGGUUGUGGAAAUGGCAUACCAGAGGACAAAGAAUUUUGAUCGUUUGGCAUUUUUGUACUUGAUUACUGGAAAUUUGCAAAAAUUACAGAAAAUGAUGAAAAUUGCUGAAAUACGCAAGGAUUUCAGUGGGCAAUACCAAAUUGCUUUGUAUCUUGGAGAUGCACUUGAACGUGUAAAAAUUUUAAAUGCAUUAGGCCAAAAACAUCUUGCAUACCUGACCGCAGCCACUCACAACCUUGAAGAAGAAAGUAAUACUUUAAAAAGUAACUUUCAAAAUGGCGAUACGGUUCCUAGCAUGCUUGAAGAUGCAAAGCUUCUUCGUCCACCUGUGCCAGUGAUGCCAUGUGAAGGCAAUUGGCCUUUAUUGACGACAAGAAAAAGUUUCUUUGAUACUAAAGCUAGUGGCGGUGGUGGUUCAAUGGCUGCAGUUGUUGAAGAUGCGGAAGCAAUAGGUGAUACAGGAGGCUGGGGUGAAGAUGCUGAUUUGGAUCUUGAUGAAGGUAAGAACGAAUUUGUUGAUGAAGAUGAAAUUGCCGGUGACGGUGAAGAUGAUGAAGAAGGUGGCUGGGAUAUUGGAGAUGAAGAUCUUGAAUUACCUCCUGAUUUGGAAGUAGUAGAGCCCACUAGUGCCGAAGAAGGCUACUUUGUACCGCCUACGAAAGGAGUCAGCCAGCUUCAAGUUUGGUGUAACAAUUCCAGUUUAGCCCAUGAUCACGUAAUUGCAGGAUCAUUUGAAAGUGCUAGUCGGUUACUUUAUGACCAAGUUGGUGUAGUCAAUUUUGAGCCCCUGAAGGCAAUGUUUUUAGCCACGUAUGCACGAGCGCGAGUAGCGUACGUUGGUUUACCAAGUACACCUCCUCUAUUUGGAUGUCCUCAUCGAAAUUGGAGAGAAGCUGGAGCCCGUAACGGUGUUCCUGCUAUUAAAUGUAAAUUAAGUAAUCUUGUAGAAAAACUUCAAGCUGCUUAUCAAUUAACUACUUCUGGGAAAUUCCAGGAAGCAGUUGAAAAAUUUCGAAAAAUUCUUUAUAAAAUUUUGUUGCUAGUUGUAGAUUCUCGACAAGAAGUGAAUGAGGUGCAGCAGUUGAUUUCAAUAUGUAAUGAAUAUAUACUUGGUUUAUCUAUGGAAAUUAAGCGAAAAGAAAUGCCAAAAAAUACGUUGGAAGAGCAAAAGCGCCAGUGUGAGAUGGCUGCCUACUUUACACAUUGCAAUCUUCAACCUGUCCAUUUAAUUUUAACAUUGCGUACGGCAUGUAAUUUGUUUUACAAGAUCAAGAACUUUAAAGGAGCUGGUGGAUUUGCUAGACGUCUGUUGGAUCUGGGUCCGCGUCCAGAUGUUGCAAAACAGGUGAGAAAGAUUUUGCAAGCAUGUGACAAAAACCCAACAGACACUCAUGAGCUAGAGUACGACGAGCAUAAUCCUUUCACAAUUUGUGGCCUAUCAUAUAAACCAAUAUAUAGAGGGAAGCCACACGUAAAAUGUCCAUUGACUCAAACGACAUAUUUACCAGAACAUAAAGGGCGUUUAUGUCCCGUUACUCAAAUCUGUGAAAUUGGCAAAGACUGCAUUGGGCUACGUAUUAGCCCAACACAAUUUCGUUGA